AUGUGGCACAUUUAUGCUCAGGCCUACCUGGCCCCCCUGGCCCAGACCCCCUCUCAGGCCCCCCUGGCCCCCCUGGCCCUGACCCCCCCUCAGGCCCCCCUGGACCCCCUGGCCCUGACCCCCCCUCAGGCCUCCCUGGACCCCCUGGCCCAGACCCCCCCUCAGGCCUCACUGGAUCCCCUGACCCAGACCCCCUCUCAGACCGCCCUCAGGCCCCCCUGGCCCCCUGGCCCAGACCCCCCCUCAGGCCCCCCUGGCCCCCCUGGCCCUGACCCCCCUCAGGCCACCCUGGACCCCUGGUCACAGCCAGCCCCACGUCUCCAGGCCCUCCUGGACCCCUGGCCCCUGGCCAGCCCGUCCUCAGGCCUCACUGGGUCCCUGACCCCAGACCCCUCUCAGGCCUCCCUGGAUCCCACACCUGACUGGGGCCCCCUCUCAGCUGGCCCCGUCCUCCAGGCCUCUCUGGACCCCCUGGCCCUGACCCCGUCUCAGGCCUCACUGGAUCCCCUGACCCAGACUCCCCCUCAGGCCUCACUGGAUCCCCUGACCCAGACUCCCCCUCAGGCCUCACUGGAUCCCCUGACCCAGACCCCCUCUCAGGCCUCACUGGAUCCCCUGGCCCUGACCCCGUCUCAGGCCUCACUGGAUCCCCUGACCCAGACCCCCUCUCAGGCCUCACUGGAUCCCCUGACCCAGACCCCCUCUCAGGCCUCUCUGGAUCCCCUGGCCCUGACCCCGUCUCAGGCCUCUCUGGACCCCCUGGCCCUGACCCCGUCUCAGGCCUCACUGGAUCCCCUGACCCAGACCCCCUCUCAGGCCUCACUGGAUCCCCUGACCCAGACCCCCUCUCAGGCCUCACUGGAUCCCCUGACCCAGACCCCCUCUCAGGCCUCACUGGAUCCCCUGGCCCUGACCCCGUCUCAGGCCUCUCUGGAUCCCCUGGUCCUGACCCCAUCUCAGGCCUCACUGGAUCCCCUGACCCAGACUCCCCCUCAGGCCUCACUGGAUCCCCUGACCCAGACCCCCUCUCAGGCCUCACUGGAUCCCCUGGCCCUGACCCCGUCUCAGGCCUCACUGGAUUCCCUGACCCAGACCCCGUCUCAGGCCUCACUGGAUCCCCUGACCCAGACCCCCUCUCAGGCCUCCCUGGACCCCCUGGCCCAGACCCCCUCUCUCUUUUUUUAA